AGCACUCAACACCUGCCUCAGUCCAAGCAGAUCAGAUACCCGCAAUGGCUUGUCGCAGUUGCGGCGCGGGUCUCGCCCGCCUACCUUCCAGGGCAUCAUCGCCUCUCAGCCGGAGUUUCUUAGAAACCACGCCGCUACAAUUACCAUCACCGUCGCCGUCGUUCUGCUACGGCGCGACAAGUCGCUCGGCCUCGGGGUUCGUCCUGACGUAUGCGAUGAUACCCAGCCUCCAGAUCACCGCCCCGGCCCGGACACCCCGAAGAGCCCUCCACACGACAUCGUCCCGGCAGAAGUUCAAACUGAGAGAGAUGCUGCUCGGCCGCAUCGCCCAGACCCUGGCGACAGAGAAGAGCAGCUACUACAUCUACGGCGCCGCCGAGCGCCUCUACAAUGCCUGCGCCGCCCCGGCCGACUACACGAUCGACCCAAAAGACCGCAAGGCCGGCAAGCUGCAGACAACGGCCGAGGGCGAGGAGAUUGGCGUCAGCAAGGGCGGGUCGUGGCACAACGACCUCGGCCUCCUCCCGACCUUCAACACGUGGGCGCACAUCACCAUGCUGCACAUGUACCUGCUCGUCGUCCGCUUCCGCUGCUUCGACGCGGCCUCGCAGCAGGCCUGGCAGACCUACCUGGUCAACCACUUCUUCUACCACGCCGAGGCCAAGAUGGACGAGGUGCACGAGCUGACGUCGCGCCUCAUCCGCCAGAAGUACCUCAAGGACCUGUUCGUCCAGUGGCGCGGCCUGAUGCUGGCCUACGACGAGGGCUUGGUGAAGGGGGACGCCGUGCUGGCGUCGGCCGUGUGGCGCAACCUGUUCAAGGCGCGGGAGGACGUCGACGUGCGGGCGCUGGCCGCCGUGGUCGCGUGGAUGCGCGCCGGCCUGGCGGAGCUCGGCGGCAUGACGGAUGACGAGGUCGAGGUGGGCGGGCACGCCGCGUUUGGCGAGCUGACCGAGAAGUUCCAGGCGGUAGAUCUGCCGACCGCGUCGAUGAGGGCCGUGCUCGAGCAGGCGGCGUUGAAGCCCGAGGCGAGUCGCGCAUGACGUUGCGUGGGAUGAUGUACGAUGUACGACCAACAAAGACUGUAAAACCAACCACCACCCUGUAGCCAUACAUUUACUGUACAAGUACAAUGCACAACAACAACAACGCCGUCCUUUUUCUUUUCGUUUUUUCUUUUUCUUUUUUUCUUUCUUU